CUGGAUUUUGGAGCCAGAGGCAAAUUUUGCGUUCUCACGUUCGAAGACACUCGCCCAACGAAUUCGCCCUACACUUUUUCAGGUUCGAGUGCCACCAGUUCCGUGACAUCGCGUUCCGGAAGGAGCGGAACCAACCCACCCGCGGUGGGCCACUCCAGUGGCAUUCCCGCGGGCCUCCUCAAACCACUGCAACCCUCUGACACCGCGCGUCGAUCGCGUUCACGCAGCUCCAGCGCCUGUGCCGCCGCGGAUCAAGCCUUGUCCAGUGGUUUUGAGAGGAGUGGCACUACGCCGCACCAGGACCCCAAUUCCUGCCGAUUCGCGGAAGCUCCUGAUCCAAUCGUCGGCGGCGGUGAUUGGCCUCCACAACCCAUUUCCUCGCGUCAUCACAACCCAGAUGUCGAUUCGCACGCGAGUCAGGUAUGUUCCACCGCCGCGUCUUUGCUCACUCAGUUAUCCGGACAACUGCAGCAAUUGAAUGUUUCUAAUCAAGCCUCACUGGUGAAACCAGUUAAUCAAGUGCGAAAUGAGCCAACGGAGUUCGACCUUCCUGCGCCUCCAUCUCCUGACAUGCUCGACGUGCGCUAG